AUGGACGCCGCAGCCGCACAGUUGUCGAAGAAACGCAAGCGAAAACACUCCAAGCCGGGCAAAGACGACACCGCGACUGCUACGGCGACGGAUAUGGCGAAGGAUAUGGUGAAGGAUAUGGCAAAACUACGGACGAAUACGAGUGGUAGUGACGAGAAGCCGCUCAAGAAGAGGAAGGCUGAGAAGGUCAAGGAGGCGAAGAGGGUUAAGGUCGAGAAGCCUGUGGUUGUGGAGGAGGUGGUAGAGGUGGAGGAGCAGGAGAAGGAGGAGGAGGGGGUGCCGGAAAGGAACAAGAUUGAGGAGGAGGAGGAGGAGGAGGAGGAGGAGGAGGAGGAGGAAGAGGAGGAGGAGGAGGAGGACAAGAAUGAUACAGAGGAAGAGAAAGACUCGGCCAGCGACGACGGCGACGGCGGCGCCCCCAUGCACCCCGACCGCAUGCUCGCCAUGACGAUCGAAGACGGCAGCACGAUCGAAAACGGCAACAUUGAGCUCGAGGAGGUAGACCGCGAUGCAACACUCCCCUCUGGCGCACAGUUACACCUUCCGGUGGCCGGACCCGUUCCGCAGCGCUUCGCAGAGCUGAACCUGCACGCCAGCACGCUGCGCGCGAUCGACGAGAUGAAGUUCGAGGCGAUGACGGAGGUGCAGGCGCGGACGAUCCCUCCGUCGCUGGCCGGACGCGAUCUGCUCGGUGCCGCGAAGACCGGUAGUGGAAAGACGCUGGCGUUCUUGAUCCCCGCGGUCGAGAUGCUGAGUGCGCUGCGGUUCAAGCCCAGGAAUGGAACGGGAGUCCUUAUCAUCACCCCUACCCGCGAGUUGGCGCUGCAGAUCUUCGACGUCGCCCAGAAACUCAUGAGCUACCACUCGCAAACGGUCUCCAUCGUCAUCGGCGGUGCCAACCGGCGCACAGAGGCGGACAAGCUCACGAAGGGUGUCAACCUGCUCAUCGGCACUCCCGGACGGCUCCUCGAUCAUCUGCAGAAUACCCCCGGAUUCGUCUUCAAGAAUCUGCGCUGCAUGGUGCUCGACGAGGCGGAUCGGAUAUUGGAGUUUGGUUUCGAGGACGAGAUGAGGCAGAUCAUCAAGCUCAUUCCCUCCGAGAACCGGCAGACGCUCCUGUUCUCGGCGACGCAGACGACAAAGGUCGAGGAUCUAGCGAGGAUUUCGUUGCGGCCGGGGCCGUUGUACAUCAACGUUGACCACGCCAAAGCGAAUUCUACCGUCGAGGGUCUGGAGCAGGGCUAUGUCAUCUGCGAGGCGGACAAACGGUUCUUGCUGCUGUUCUCGUUCCUGAAGCGGUUCCAGAAGAAGAAAAUCAUUGUCUUCUUUUCCAGUUGCGCCAGUGUCAAGUACUACUCGGAGCUGCUCAACUACAUCGAUCUGCCGGUGCUGGAUCUGCACGGAAAGCAGAAGCAACAGAAGCGGACGAACACUUUCUUCGAGUUCAAGAACGCAACUGCGGGCACUCUGAUCUGUACUGAUGUUGCCGCGCGUGGCCUCGAUAUCCAAGGUGUCGAUUGGAUCGUGCAGUUUGACCCUCCGGAUGACCCACGAGACUACAUCCACCGUGUCGGACGGACGGCUCGAGGAGCCAAUGCCAAAGGUCGCUCGCUGAUGUUCCUUCUCCCGAACGAAGUCGGCUUCCUCAAGUACCUCAAGGAGGCAAAGGUGCCUGUGGUCGAGUUUGAGUUCCCGGCGAAGAAGAUUGUCAACGUCCAGAGUCAACUCGAGAAGCUCAUCAGCCAGAACUACUACCUGGCUCAGAGCGCAAAGGAUGGUUACAAAUCUUACCUCCAGGCAUACGCCUCGCACAGUCUCCGCACGGUGUUCGAUGUCAACAAGUUGGAUCUCGUCAAAGUGGCCAAGAGCUUUGGUUUCACGCAUCCUCCGCGGGUGGACAUACAGCUGGGUGCGGGCAUGGCGCGGGACAAGAAGCAACAGGGACGGCGAAACUACGGGCCGAGUAAUGACAAAUUCAAACAGAAGCGGAAAUUCGGGGCUCAGUCAUGA